AUGAAAACAUACAAUUUCACAAGUGUCUCUGCAUUCCAUCUCCUGGACUUCUCAAAAGAUCCAGACUUGCAGCCCAUUCUCUUUGGACUUUUCCUGUCCUUGUACCUGGUCACAGUGCUUGGGAACCUGCUCAUCAUCCUGGCUGUUAUCUAUGACUCCCACUUCCACACCCCUAUGUACUUUUUCCUCUCCAAUCUGUCCAUGGCUGACAUAUGUUUUAUCUCCACUACUGUCACAAAGAUGACAGUGGACAGCCUAACGCAGAGCAGGGUCAUCUCCUAUGUGGGCUGCCUGAUACAGAUGAAUUUCUUUAUCAUUUGCAUGUGUAUGGAUGACAUGCUUCUGACUGUGAUGGCCUAUGAUCGUUUUGUGGCCACCUGCAACCCCCUGCAUUAUGUUGUCAUUAUGAAUCCUCACUUCUGUGUUCUACUAAUAUUGGUCUCUGUCUUCUUUAGUUUUUUAGCUUCUCAAGUGCACAAUUUCCUUGCCUUACAACUUACUUGCUUCAAGGAUGUUAAAAUUGCUAAUUUCUUCUGUCACCCUUCUCAACUCCUUAUGCUUUCUUGUUGUGAUACAUUAAUGAAAAACAUUGUCACAUAUUUUGCUGGUGUCAUAUUUGGCUUUUUCCCCCUGGCAGGGAUCAUUUUCUCUUAUUCUAAAAUUGUAUCCAGCAUUCUAAAAAUCCCAUCAUCAGGUGGGAGGUACAAAGCUUUUUCUACCUGUAGUUCUCACUUGUCAGUUGUUUGCCUAUUUUAUGGAAGAGGCCUUUCUGUGUACCUUAGUUCAGCUGUGUCAUAUUCUUCCAGCAAGGCCAUGGUGGCCUCUCUGAUGUACACUGUGGUCACCCCUAUGCUGAAUCCCUUCAUCUACAGUCUGAGGAAUAAGGAUUUCAGCAGCACCCUGAGGAGGCUCUAUAGUGGGACAGUCUAA